GAUUCGGCAAUUCACUUAUUGUGUGAAACGUGUUAACUUCGUCACUGCGAUUGAAAAGGGAAUAAUUUUUUUGUGUGGAAAAGUUUAUUGAAAUUAAUUCGAAAUGUCUGAAACUGAUAGCGCAUCUGGGCUAUUUUCGGUGCCUACAUUGCAGUACAACGAAGAUGGAUGGGGACCGCAUGAAAUUUCCGAAGAUUUUCGUGUAAUGCCGUAUCAGCCAUUCAGCAAGAAUGACCGUAUCGGUAAAAUCAGUGACUGGACUGGAACAGCCACAAUGGAUAAGAAAUUCCCAAAUAAAUACACUUCGCAGUUUGGAGCUGGAAGCCAGUAUGCAUACUAUCACGAUGAGGACGAGACCACUUUCCAUUUGGUUGAUACUGCUCGAGUGCAGAAACCACCAUACCAACGAGGACGCUUCCGUGGAAAUUCCCGUCAUAUGCGUGGUCGCGGUAAUCGUUCGAUGCAUGCUGGUGGCAUGCAACAAUUGAAUAAGAAUGUGAAAAUUCGUGACAAUCGUCGUGGUGUCACACGUAAAUGGGGUAAUCGUGGACCACCACCAAAGAUCCGUGAUGCAUCGGUUGCUGUGCGUUCCGAUUGGGCGACCAUUGAAGAGAUGGACUUUCCGCGUUUAUUGAAAUUGUCGUUGCCUGGCAUCAAAGAAGGCGAAGACAUUCGCCGUUGUGGCGCAUUGGAAUUCUAUGAUAAAACUUAUGACCGUGUUAAUGUGAAAAAUGAACGUCCAUUGCAACGUGUUGAUCGUAUUUUCCACACUGUUACCACCACCGAUGAUCCGGUCAUUCGUCAAUUGUCGAAAACUGAAGGUAAUGUUUAUGCAACGGAUGCUAUUUUGGCAACGAUUAUGUGCAGCACACGGUCAAACUAUUCAUGGGAUAUUGUUAUUGAGAAAAUUGGCGGUAAAUUGUUUAUGGACAAGCGAGAUAACACUGAAUUUGAUUUAUUGACUGUAAAUGAAACGUCCGUUGAACCACCAAAUGAUGAUGCAUCCUCAUUAAAUUCACCUAGAAAUUUGGCCAUCGAAGCAACUUUCAUUAAUCACAACUUCAGCCAGCAGGUAUUAAAAGGAGGUGAAAAAUACAAGUUUGAAGCACCAAAUCCAUUUAUCACCGAAGAAGAAGAAGGUGAAGUAGCCAGCGUUGCAUACCGAUACCGUAAAUGGGAUCUUGGAAAUGAUAUUGUUUUAGUUGCCCGUUGUGAGCUUGACUCCGCCAUGCAGACACCAGGUGGUGAAACGCAAUUUAUAUCGAUCAAAGCGCUGAAUGAAUGGGAUUCAAAGGCUGCCAAUGGUGUUGAUUGGCGUCAAAAGCUUGACACACAACGUGGUGCUGUAUUGGCCAAUGAACUCCGUAACAAUGCAUGCAAAUUGGCAAAAUGGACAGUGCAAGCGCUGUUGGCCAGUUCCGAUCAGAUAAAAUUCGGUUAUGUAUCGCGUGCACACAUUCGUGAUUCAUCGCGUCACGUCAUUUUGGGCACAUCACAAUUCCGACCACAAGAGUUUGCCACACAAAUCAAUUUGAGCAUGGACAAUGCGUGGGGCAUUUUGCGUUGCAUCAUUGACAUUUGCAUGAAACAAAAAGACGGCAAAUAUUUGAUCAUGAAAGAUCCAAAUAAGCCAAUGAUUCGUUUGUACGAUAUUCCCGAUAAUACAUUUGAAACUGAAGGAUCAGAAAACUCCGGCGAAGAAUAAAACAACACCGUCACACAUUCUUGUGGCAUUCUUGUCUCAUUUAGUUUUUCCUACAAAAUUUAAACGCAUUAUAAUCACAUUUUUCUGCAUUCAUGUUCGAAAGAUUAAAACGCUUCAUCGAGUUGAUUGACAAGAA